UGGGUGUUCGUAAGCGGGCUGGUGGAGCUGCGCUCGUGGGUGCUGCUGUCAGCUCUUCGGGGUGAGCCCAGUUAGCUUGAUGGCUAUCCAACGCACACACACACACACACAGACACACACACACACACACUGCACAGGGAGAUCCGUGGCCACUCUGAUCAGUGUGUCAUUUUAAGGGCGUUUCUCCUCUUAACACUUGCCAAACUAGGAAGUGUGUAGUCAGCACAUUAGGGUGUUCUGGCCGCGGUUUCCUGCGAAAGGACGGCGAGAGGAGCGGAAUUGGAGCUAGCGCUUGCCCGCUAGCCAACGAUAGCCUGCCGACGCAAUGCAGUAUGAAUCCUGGAGCUUAAAUGACUCUUCUGAGUUCUCUAACCUGUAGGCCUACAGAUGUACCCCAGAUGAUGUAAGGCACCCCUGCCUGUAGAGACCAAGAUGACUGAAGUCCAGGCCACGGUGGAGUUCUCUGUGGAGCUCCACAAGUUCUACAAUGUGGACCUGUUCCAAAGAGGGUUCUACCAGAUUCGUGCCGGUCUGAAGUUGCCACCCCGGUUUCCACACAAAGUCGAGCCCAGUCUACUUCACCUGGGAGGCUCUGAUCUGGCGUUUCCUGCUUCAGUCCAAGAUGAAGUCAUCUGCAGCAAAACGUUCCAAAUUCUGUACAAGAGUGAAGAGGUUGUGGUCAAUGAUGUCCUCCUCUUCAAAGUGAUGAUGCUGCUGGAUGAGAAGAAGGUAGAAGAGUCCCUCAAUGACAUUGAUUUCCAGCUCUUCUUGGAUUUAUAUUUCACAGAUGGCGAUUACACACCAGAUGAUCCGAGCACUCUGCAGAAUAUCAGUGGCCGCACACUUCGUUUGCACUUUAGCCUUCAGCGAGGCAUCCACCAACACGUCAAUGUCAUGUUUGACUACUUUCACCUGUCUGUCGUGUCCGUAGCCAUCCACGCCUCCCUAGUGGCUCUACAUCAGCCUCUUAUCAGUUUGCCUCGACCAGUGAAAAGCACGUGGCUCAACCGCAACGCUCCACCGCAGAGCAAAGACUCCAUCAUCCCGCCUCUGGAAAAUGUGGUGUUCGGUGGCAGUUAUGUCAAGCAAGUAUCAUCAGAUGGCAGGGCAUUUCUGGUGUCUGACCACUGUCUGCAGCAUGCCUUCAGUCUGCACCAUAACCUCUGCUCCAAUCUCCUACUGGCCUACCAGGGCCUCUUUGACUACUUCACCUCCAUUACCAAGGACCUGCCCUCCUCCCAUCGUAUGGAACUAGCCAAGUCCAGCAUGCAAGUCCUAUAUGAGCGAGUUCUCAGGAGACCCUAUCCCCGAAGUCAAAGGCACGUCUACAUAGAACAACUCGACUUGGAUGCCCGUCUAGCGGAGUUAUGUGAACAUGUCAAGCAGAAAGCAGAGUCCCCUGACGAGCUGGCAGAGCUGGUUAAUAUGAACCUGGCCCAGCUCUGCUCUCUGCUCAUGGCUCUCUGGGGACAAUUCCUAGAGGUAGUUUCCCUGCAGGAGCAUGUUGCUGCCCUACUAGCCAUGGAGCACCAUACACUGAGGGUGAGGCGGUUUUCUGAGGCUUUCUUUUGUCUUGAACAUCCAAGACAAUCUGCACUAGCGUAUCAAGAACUACAUGCUUACAGUCACCAGCAGAUGACUAAUGCUAUCAAAAGCUCCAGCUAUUUCUUGUCUUUGCCUGCCCUUCCAGUGGAAUGUGCAGACCUAGAUGGUGAUGUCAGCUCCCUGCCAAUCAUUUUUGAGGAUAGAUACCUUGAUUCCAUCACUGAAGAUCGCGAUGGGCCCUGGCUGGGCGUGCACAACGCAAGGACCGGCGGAGCGUCCAGCAAAACGGACAAGCCCAGCUCCAAGGAGUGCAGUGCAGCAGCCAGCCCCGUACCCGAGGCUCAGUUUGCCACUCUGGAAAACACCUGGCCAGACAGCUAUGACGCACCACCCAAGUCCAAAGGCAAGUCGGUUAAACUGAAGAAAAACGCAAAGGCAGAGAACUCCAAGAAGCAGAUUAGCCCGGCCGCCAAGGACUCUGUGGUGUUGGUGGGCUAUAAGAACCUCAAAGCUCCUAAUGCUGACGCAAAGCACAUGGAAGGGGAAGCUCCCUUAAACCCAGAAGAGGAUCGAGGUGCAUUACAGAGUGACUCGACUACUUAUUUACGGACUUAUGCAAAUUCGGUUUUCGACUCAGGUGCUGUGGAGUCUGUUGCAGAUGACAAUGUCCAGUCUGCUGCUUGUCCAAGAGGUUCCUUUAAAAAACCUACAAACACUGACACACAGAAUAAUCCUCAGGCCGGUACUGGGGUUAUAGCUACAUGCAACCCGCUGCUUCGCAAAGACAACCAAGUCAACCACGCUGGCCAAAAGCUGCCGCAGUGGCCUGCUGGGCAGAAGCAGAUCGCGGUGAAACCAAGUCAAAAGGACCCCUACCAGGGGGACAAAGUCACCGUUCUGCUCCCUCAUGAGACUGAUGCGACUGUAAGCAGCAGUGUUUCCGGGAUCACCCAGACCGGCGUCUGUGAAUCAAAGCAGUCUGUAAUGGACAUUUUUGAAAGGCCCGCUGCAGAAGCAGCGCUGCGUAGCCAGGCCGGUCUGGUCCCUGCGCAGGCGAAGAGUGAUGUCAUCAGGCUGCCAGAUGGAGGAGCCCCCAGUGCCUCGUCUCGACUCUCCGACUCUGGCAUCGAAAGUGAGCCCAGCUCUUUUGCCACUCAGCUGAUUCCAGGACUUCAGAGCUUCGCAAGGCUAGACUUUGCCGAAACCGCCACCGCCCCCCUCCAGCCAGAGAGGCCCCCCCCGAGUGCCGCUCGACGGCCAGUUCCGCAAGGCUCGGCGCCGAAGCCCGGAGGAGCGGCAGAGAUUCUACACCGAGAAAACACCAGUGCUGUCAGCGGAGUGCAGUCUUCCCUCACCUCCAUCAACUCCUUGCCCUCGGAUGACGAGGGGGAAAGUUCCUCCAGUGGAGCUGAACACCGAGGCAAGAAGUUCAGUGUUUUGGUGCAGGAGCAGAGUCUGGUGUUCUCUGGUGACUCCAGAAAACCUCCCUCUGGCUUGGAAACAGACUCCAAAUUAACAGGCGUCUGUGAUCUUGGGCCAGAGGGAGCCGCGGGUUGUGGGACUGUCAAAGAGUCCCGUAGUGACCCCCACACCACCUGCCCUUCCAGCAACUCCGCCACCAGCAGCACCGACCUGGUGAAACGCGGCAUGGUGGAGAACUACUUUGGCUCGUGCUCUAGCGCUGACGUGUCCGAGAUAAGCCCCGUGGAAACGUCCGCCAUCACCCUGGGAAUCCAGGAGGGACCCCGGGCCGAGGAGGACGAAGACGAGCCCGAGCACGAGAUGAUUGAGAACGGCUUCUACGAGGAAGGGGAUGGCUUCGCCUUCGUCAACGGCGUCGCCGGCGAGGAGCGCGGCGGGGCCGCUUCGGAGGCGGGUCUUCUGUUCGAGCAGCUCGGUAUCUGUUACCCCCACGAGACAAAGGACCUGUCCAAAGCUCCCAUCUGCUCCAACCGAGCCUCCGGCAGCGCGGGGCACAGCUCGGGCAGAGCUCCCCGUCCCGCCUCCUCCUGUUCCUCUAACCUGCCGUGGUAUGAGUGUGCUUCCACGCCACAGACGAAAGCGUUCGUUAAGGCAAAGGAGGAAAUGAAACAGUUAAAGCUCCCGGGCUUCUUGUACAGUGAAGUAUCUGAGCUGGCGUCCACGGUGCCCUACUUCAGCUUGGAGGAAGAUGAAACUUGUGAGGAAGGCAUCCAUCUAAUAGUCUGUGUCCACGGCCUGGACGGCAACAGUGCUGACCUGAGACUGGUGAAGACUUACCUGGAGCUGGGACUGCCUGGUGCUCGCAUAGACUUCCUGAUGUCAGAGAGGAACCAGAAUGAUACUUUUGCUGAUUUUGAGUCAAUGACAGACCGACUGCUGGAUGAAAUAGUCCAGUAUAUUCAGAUAUACAACCUCACAGUGUCAAAGAUAAGCUUUGUGGGUCAUUCUUUGGGGAACCUCAUCGUUCGCUCAGUGCUGACUAGGCCCAGGUUUAAGUGUUACCUGAGCAGACUGCACACCUUCCUCUCCCUUUCUGGACCUCACCUGGGCACACUGUACAACAGCUCUGCUCUGGUCAACACAGGCCUUUGGUUCAUGCAAAAGUGGAAAAAGUCUGGGUCACUCCUUCAGCUGACUUGCCGUGAUAACUCUGAUCCUCGCCAAACUUUCCUCUACAAACUCAGCAAGAAAUCCGGUCUGCAGUUUUUCAGGAACGUGGUACUGGUGGGGUCACUGCAGGAUCGUUAUGUCCCCUACCAUUCCGCUCGAAUAGAAAUGUGCAAAACCGCGGUAAAGGACAAACAAACAGGUCCCGUGUAUGCCGAGAUGAUUGAGAACCUGCUGCUGCCGGUGCUUCAGAACAAAGACUGUAAUCUAGUGCGAUUCGAUGUCAUCCACGCUCUACCCAACACGGCCAACUCCCUGAUUGGCCGGGCCGCCCACAUCGCCGUGCUGGAUUCUGAGAUCUUCCUGGAGAAGUUCUUCCUUGUUGCGGGCCUCAAGUUCUUUCAGUAGAACUGUGGAAGAAUCAAACACUGUUGGACAAGAGGAACGUGGAGCUAAUACCUCACUUCAGCUAGACCUAAUUCUGAUUAUCCCAUCUGGAAAUAAUCUCUUGUUUUUUAAAAUACAUGUAAUCAGUUUUCAAAGAAAUGAGCAAAAUUCACAACUUUCUUUCUCAUUUCAUGUUUAUAUUGGAAUCACAGCGGAUUUUUAUUCUUUUCUAUGGUAAUCUUUUAAAUGUUUUUUUGUUCUGUUUUGGAAGCCCCACUCCCUCCUCCUCUAACAAUAUGCUAUAUUUUCAGUCGUAUUUAUGUAUUCUGUUUAUACUUAUUCAAUUCAUUUAAGAUGUUGAACUGGAUAUGUAGCUGCUAUACAAAUGAAAUGGCUGUUUUGGUGAGCUAGCCCAAAUCUCUGCACAUAACGUCCUCAUCCUAACAAAUGUUUUUCACUGAUUUUAAGAAAUUCUGCAUUUAUAUGCAUCACAACUACAUUUUAGAAGCUUUUGUACAGAAAAUGGUCAUUUGUACAAGUUACUUUUGUAUCAACAAUUUUCCAUCAUUUUUAUUGACAGAUUGCAUUGGAAAUAGGAUUGUUGCUCAGACUUUGCGACCCUUGCUUAGGUCUUAGUACUUGCUGUUCUUUGCCAUCGCAGAAUUCUGUGCAAUAUUCACCCAACCUGGUGUUGGGAGAAUAAAGCUUCACCUACAGCAUAAAAACUGUUUUAAUACAGGGGUUUUAAGCAAUGAUCACAAUUCAGCAAAAGCACAUAUUGGUAAUAUGAACUUAUUUUAUUGAAAGUAUUUGGUUGACGUAAGUGGAAAGUAUUUCUUGGAAUUAAAAAAAAUAUUUCUUGGAAAAUUGUUUAUAUUUCAUCGUAUUCUACCAUUAAAUAUGCAUAUUCUAAAGUUGGUCAAGUUACUUUUCAUUCUUAUCAUUAUUUAGAUUCUUUUUUUUCAAUUGAUCAAAUGGCCCUGCAGAUGGCAGUGACAUCACAGUAACGUGUUCUUUUAAAGACCAACAAUAAAAGUGGGAAU